UUCUGUAAAGUAGCAGAAUAUUAGGUCAUUGAUUUUUGUUUACAAGAUACAAAUGACAUGUAAAAAUAGUAUGCCUAAAUACAAACUAUUCUAUUUCGACAGCAAAGGUCGAGGAGAGCCCAUUCGUUUAAUGUUGCAUAUCAUUGGUGUGGAAUUCGAAGACAUCAGACUUUCUCAUGAAGAGUGGGAGACGAAUAGACACACUAUGCCCCAAAGGCGACUUCCGGUACUGGAGGUGGGCGGAAUAACGAUCCCACAGAGCGGAGCCAUUCUACGAUACCUUGGAAGAGAAUACGGUUACUACGGCAAAAACAACCAUGAAAGUACAAGGAUUGACGUCAUAUCCGGUGCUGUUGAUGAUAUGAUGUAUCUCCUUGAUCGCCUCUUCUACGUUGAGCGAGUUGAGCAGGCAAAAGUUGUACUCAAGCAGGAAAUCCUGUCAUGGCGGCUAGAGGAAUUUUUGAAUGUCAUGGAAAAUACGCUUACGGAAAAUGAUGGUGGCGGCGGAUUUUUUGUAGGAGAUCAGGUCUCGGUAGCGGAUGUAGUGGUGUAUAACAUCGUGGAUUGGAUGUCCGACCUGUUUCCUGAUCACCUGAGUACCUUACCGCCGAAAAUGACCGAAUUCAUGCAGAGAUUCAAAGAUAUCCCUAAUGUCAAUAAAGUUCUUAUAUUAAAAUGAAUAGAUUAUGUCUGCUAUCGUCAUCAUAAAAAUACAAUUAUGCCACCAGGGGCCAAUUUUACAAGAGGCCUUACGACUAAGUACUAAAGUACUGCAGUAUUCUAAUUUGUCUAUCAUAUUUUUAUUUCCAUGUUCAAUUUAUGGAAUUAUGGUUUUAUGUACUUUACUCCUGCUAUUAGAUAUGUCACAGUUUUACACUUUAAAAAAGUACAGCACGAAAUAUAUUGUAAAAAGUACUUUUCGUCUUAAGUCGUAAAAUCUUGUAAAAUGAGGCCCUGGUUUGUAUAAGAAGAGAAAUAUAUAUAUAUAUAUAUAUAUAUUGAAAAUCAGAAUGACACAUUCCAUAAAAAACAAUCAUUUACUGCUAGCGCUUUCUCCAUGUCUGCAUGGUUCAUCAGGCAGUUCAAAUAUGUAUACAAAAAUUGUUUAGUAACGUCUUUGUUAUGACGUCAAUUAAACGAGUCCUUUAUGACGUCAUAAUAACGUUAACCGGUAGCGUUUGGUAAUUGUCUAUUUUGUAAAAAUAUUAUGCUAAAUUGUAGUUCAAUUAUUCAAAUAAUUAUUUUCUAUUAAGACUUGGAUUGAAAAGUUUAAUAAAAUAGUCCUCUUUGGC